UUCACCGUGAUCAUGCGCGAGCACGCGGACUUCCUGGUGGACCGCUACUCGGAGCGCAAGGAGGUGGCCGAGCGGGGCCGCCUGCUCACCCAGGAGAGGAGAAGGAGAGCGGCGGCGCCCCGGCCACGGACGAGGCCGCCGCCGAGGCGGCGGCGGCGAAGCCGCGCG